AUGGUAGAUCUUCCUCCUGGAAAGUCUGUCGUUGGUAGCAAGUGGGUAUACAAGAUAAAGACAAACUCAGAAGGAAGUUACUUGAAGGAAAUCCAUACUUUGAAGCUUCAUCUAAGUUCUUGCUUUGAGAUGAAGGAUCUUGGUCUCUUGAGAUUCUUUCUUGGGAUAGAAGCCGGUAAAUCUUCUAGUGGUUAUUUUAUUUCUCAAGUUAAGUAUGCAACUGACAUUCUUCAACGUGCAGUGUUAACUGAUAGCAAGAUUGUUGAUACACCUCUUGAACUGAAUGUUAAGCUCAAUUGUUACGAAGGACAAGCAUUAUCUAAUCCUACAUUGUAUCGUCAUCUUGUAAGGAGUCUUAAUUAUCUCACUAUUACACGACCAAACAUCUGCCAUGCAGUUCAUGUUGUAAGUCAGUUUAUUUCAUCUCCAAGAUCAAAACACUUUGCUGUUGUUCUUCGAAUUUUGCAUUACAUCAAAGUAAGAAAAAAAACUGUGGUAUCCCGCUCUAGUGCUGAAGCUGAAUAUCGAGCUUUUGUUCACACUACUUCAGAAAUUGUUUAG